GGAGCAUUUUUCAGUGCUGCGGUAUGCGCACAGCUCAGCCCAGCUUGCAGAAAAGGGGGAGAAGUAGAAGAGAGGAGAGAACGGAAGGGAGGGCGUGGAGAAGCCUGAGUUUGGAAGGGAAGCUGUUUUCACCACGGCUCCAGGCGGCCAGAGGGUUGGGGGCUGUGGCUCGCGCUCCUGCAGCAGCCUCCCUGCCCGCCCCGGGCCAACCCAGCCCCGGGGCGCUGCCAUAGCAACUGCCAGGACGCCCGGACCUUAGGCCAGCGCCGCCGCCGCCGCUGCCUGGGAACUAGCCUUCUUCCCGGGACCGAGAGUGCGGCGGCGGCGGCGGCGGCGGUGGCUGUAGCCGGAAGAGUCAAGAGGAGAUAGAAGACUCGGCGGAGACCCUGUGUUGAGCAGGCUGCAUCAGCGCCCGCCCCCUUCUGCAGCCAAGGGGUUGGCGCACCACCAUGCCCUUCCAGAAGCACGUCUACUAUCCGUUUGUCAGCGGCACAGAGGGGCACGCGCCCUCCUCCACCUCGACGCUGCAUUGUCCAGCCCGCUCCACAGGGGCCGGGGUGGCCGGCAUGGCUUCUGCUGGAGCAGGGCCCUUCCCCUUCUUCCAGUUCCGGCCUCGGCUCGAGAGCGUGGACUGGAGGCGGCUCAGCGCGAUCGACGUGGACAAGGUCGCGGGCGAACUGGACUUCCUCACCCUGCAGGAGAACAUCAUGAACAUCACCUUCUGCAAGCUGGAGGAUGAGAAAUGCCAUCACUGCCAAACCGGCGUGGACCCGGUGCUGUUGAAGCUCAUCCGCUUGGCUCAAUUCACCAUCGAGUACCUGCUGCACUCGCAGGAGUUUCUCACUGCCCAGCUGCAAGCCUUGGAGGAGAGGCUGCGCCUGGCCCUGACCGACGGGGAGCAGAGCAAGAAGUUGCUGGCGAAACAGACUGCGGAGAUGAAGGUGCUGAAGGAAGAGUGCAAACGAAGGAAAAGGAUGAUCUCCACCCAGCAGAUGAUGAUUGAGGCAAAAGCCAGCUACUACCAGUGUCAUUUUUGUGAGAAGGCUUUUAUGAAUCAUGCUUUUCUGCAAAGUCAUAUUCAACGACGCCACCCUGAAGAUUCUCACUUUGAGUUUAGGAAGAAAGCACAGACUGAUAAGUUGCAGAGUGAGAUUGACAUGCUGAAGGAACAGUUACAGCUUACCAAAUCUCAAUUGGAGGCUGAGCAGCAGGCUCAUGUGAUCAGAUUUUCUAAGGAAUAUGAAAUCCAUAAAACAAAAGAGGAAGAAAUUCUAAAGUCUUUUGAUAGGUGGAAAGAGGAAGAAAAAGAGAAACUAGUUGAUGAAAUGGAGAAAGUAAAAGAGAUGUUUAUGAAGGAAUUUAAAGAAUUAACUUCCAAGAAUACAGCAUUAGAACAUCAAUUGUUAGAGAUACAGAAGUCCAAUUUGCAGAUAAAAUCCAACAUAGGUACUUUAAAAGAUGCUCACGAGUCUAAAGAAGACAGACCUCCAUAUCCACAGGAUUUCCAAAAUGUGAUGCAGCUUCUUGAUAAUCAGGAAAGUAAGUGGACUUCCAGAGUUCAAGCACUUCACCAAGAACACAAAAAAGAAAAGAGCCGGCUCCUAUCACAUAUAGAGAAACUUCGAACAUCUAUGAUAGAAGAUCUGAAUUCAAGUAAUGUCUUUUAUAAGAAAAGGAUUGAAGAACUUGGGCAGCGACUCCAAGAACAGAAUGAAUUGAUUAUUACCCAGAGGCAGCAGAUUAAAGAGUUUGCCAGCAAGCCAUCACAUACAAUCAGUGAGCAGAAUGGGAAACUUAUUUCAAGGCAGACUUCAGAAACCAAAUUACCUGUACCUGUACCUGUACCUGUACCAACUAUACAAAUGAAUGUUUCAGCAUCAAAGAAUUUGGAUUCUAAAUCAAGUCAAACAAUAGUGGUGGAACAGGCAUCCUCGUGGCACAUACUGGAACCAAUAGAAGAGCGUUCAGAGGAAGAAAAAGGUAGCAGUGGUGUCAAUCAAGGCUUGGGAACAAAAGAAAAGGAGAGUGAGAAGAAACUAACUAAUAACAAACUGCACUUGAUAAAAGCUUUGAAGAGCCAUCCUUCUCUCACUAAAGAGUUAAGAACAGUCUUAGAACAGACAUUGGUGGAGAAACUGGAAACCCUGGGAAUUAGCGCAGGUGUACGUGGUAUUCCCACUGAGCAGUUGAAUCGAGUGCUAUUUGCAAUUGAAACUGCAAGGCAAGAGAAGGGAAAGCAAGUAUCCAACAUGCAAGAAAUUAGAGACUUUCUGGAAUAUCAAGUCAGUUGCAAGAUUGAGGAAAGAACACUAGCGAGUUCAAACAGACUUGGUGUCAAUUCAUCUUUAGUUAUUUCAGAUAAACCUAGCAUGACCCUGUUGGAAAUGUCAUCUGGAGAGAUUCCUAGAGUGACAAAAUCAUCUUCAAAAACUAAGCAUCUAGUCAGACAAAAACCUGUUCCUGCUGAGCGGAUACAUAUACCAAAAACCAAGAAAAAUAUUGUAGAUCAUUUUCCUAAAAAGACUUCAAGUAUUUCGACUCCUCCCUUUAGUUCUGAGGAUGAAUUAGAUGAUGGCAUCCUGCAGUCCUUUGUGUCACCAGAAUUACUUCAUAUACCGUCUGCAGAGAGCCUCCCCACUUUUGGAAAUGAUGCUGCCAAAAGUGACACUGAUUGGACUGAAGGAAGUGAAAUUGAAGACAACGAAGUCUCUCCAAAGCCUGUAGAAGGUACCUGCAUUAAGUUGCUAACUGAAAAAGUUGAAAAGACGCCCUCAAAUCACAAAAAUGUGAAUAAUCCAGUUAGUGGAGUUAGUGUUGUUGAGGCAUUUCCCAAAAAAGAAGAAUUACAAGAAGAAUUAAAGUGUGCAGAUGUAGAUGAUGACGACUGGGACAUUUCAUCCUUGGAGGAGGAAAAGUCUUUGACAAAAAAUGCUGUCAAAAAGCCAAGUGGGACUGCACUUAUAAAGAUUGAACCCAAUACCACUCACGUUACAAGUGCCUGGGGUGCAUAUGCACCCAAAGCUCCCAAAGGGGAAGGAGUUCAAGAAGCAGAUACAAGUACAUUAAAAAGCAGCUUAGUAACUGUGACAGACUGGAGUGACUCUUCUGACAUAUAACUGCCAUCCCUUGUCCUAUGUGACUCCCAGGUGCCAAUACCUCUUUCAGUAAUCUGCCCACAUGGUUCUAACUCUCAUGCCUUAUUGUAUUUCUCACAGUAACCAGAAAGCUUAUUCAGAGAACAAAGGUAUAUUUAAUGGCAUCUAAGUAUUUAUUGAAAAACGAACUUCAAUAAGCCAACAGUAUUUUGAAGCAUAAAAGUGUUAAAAAAAAUACAUUUGCUGCUUAAAAAAAAAACAAAACUUGUCAAUGCAUAAAACAUUUUUUCUUCAGAAUGUCACUUGAGUAUUAGUGUAUUUUUUCAAAUAAUUUCUAUUUUUUCAACACCCUUUACCCCCAUAGGAUUGUUUUCGUUGUUGAAAGUAAUAACAUUUUCAUAUUGUAAUUUAAAUUCUUACAUAAUUAAAUGUCACAAUUCUGUUUGUAUUAUUUUUAAACCAAAUGACAAAAAUAAUUCAUACUUAAAACAUUUAACAUACAGUUAAUUCUCAAAUUACCAAACUAUAGCUAUAUGUGUAUAUGUUCAUAGGCCUGAGUCACUUUCAGCUGAAGAAUUGUAACCAGAACCGUCAAAUGUAUGCAGCAUUGAGACACUUUAAGCAUGUUUACGAUGAGUACAUUCAUUUUAGCAUAUCCUGAAAUACUGUUUCUGCAUCAUAGUAUCUACCUUGGAUAUUUUGUGAGUAAAAUAUAACUUUUUAAAUGGCCAAAUUAAGUUGUCUAAUAAUAUUAUUAGAAGACAGUCAUUACUAAACUCUUAUGUAUAUUUGUGGUUCUUUACUUUUUACUUUUUAUAUUUUUUAUUUUACUAAGAAGCUUGUAUUAUAAAAUACCUUACAUGAACAAAUUCAGUUGUAUUCUUACCAAGAUGACAUUGUCAGAGACCAGAUAAUUCAUAUCAAUUGUUUUUGCAUUUUUUAUAUACUAAAAAAAAGCAUUUUUAAAGAUACUUUCUGUACUUUGAAACAAAGAGGGACAUUUUGCCUAACUGUCUUUGUUGAGGUUUUGAUUUUAUUUUCUCUUUAAUUGUAAACCUCUCAGUAAAAUCCUACAUUAUA